AAUAGAUCCCGGCGUUAAGUGGAACGUUAGAGGCGAGUCGGCUGUUUGUGGGAAGUGAAAAACACUAUGUCGCUGCACACAGUUUGCCUCGUACUGACAGUUCUGUGGGCUGCCAGUGUACAAGGUGCAAGAACCAAAUGCUACCAGAUAUUCAACGAGAAACAAUGUUUCUCCACGUCUUCCCCUUUUACAAAUACACUGGGGAAGGCCCCCGAAUCCCCGGCUGAACAGAGAGUUACCUUCUCCUUGUACACUCCAAAGAACACCAGAUCUGCGCAGCUCCUAAAUGGGGGAAAUCCAAAGAGUAUUGCCUCCUCUCGACUCAACCCUAACAAGAUGAUUCGCGUUAUCAUACAUGGUUUCCGGGACAGAGGAAACAAAGCGUGGGUCAAAACAAUGACCAAAGAGCUGCUGAAAACGGAUGGAUCAAACGUAAUUGUGGUCGACUGGGAAAAGGGAGCUAUGAAGUCGUUCUUGAAUUAUUUCCAGGCUGCAGCCAACACGCGCGUGAUCGGCGCAAUGCUCGCUAAAAUGGUGAAAAUCAUCUCAACCAGUAAAAAGAUUUCUUACAACCGCUUUCAUCUGAUUGGACACAGCCUUGGCGCUCACAUCGCUGGUUAUGCCGGACGAAGAUUGUCUGGUCAGAUAGGGCGAAUUUCAGGGCUGGACCCUGCAGGCCCGGCUUUCGAGAAAUUCAAGGAGCCAGUCAGACUGGACAGAGGGGACGCUAAAUUUGUCGACGUGAUCCACACCGACGGCGACAAACUCAUAAAGGGAGGUGCGGGAACCUUAAAGCCUAUGGGAGAUGCGGAUUUUUACCCUAAUGGCGGUCGAAACCAACCAGGCUGUUCUCAGAAGUUUAUUGACCAUGUUAAAAACUGGUUCCGUGGUGGCUUCAAAGGGCUCACCAUGAGUAUAAGUUGUGACCACAUGCGAUCGAUUGCCUUCUACACAGAGUCUAUCAACACCUCCUGCACGUUCCGCGCAUGCGGUUCCACCGGAUGUUCCAGAAUGGGCUUCCACGCCAGUCCCAGCAAGAAAGGAUCAUUUUCACUAAAAACCAACUCGAAGUCCAAAUUCUGUAAAAAUUAAAACUCCGACAUAUUUUUGUCACAUGUAAUGCAGCUUCAGUAUAUUUAUGUGUACAUUUUAUCUAUGCAAUAAAGGAUAUUUUAAUUAAUUUUAUCUAUACAAUAAAGACUGGGUUUCCACGCCAGUCCCAUCAAGAAAGGAUCACCCUCACUGAUAACCCACUCGAAGCCUAAGUUCUAUUAAUAUUAAAGUACCUACAUGUUUGUAUCACGUCAUGCAGCUUCAAAUUUGGUAAUCAUUUUAUUUAUGUGUAAAAUUUGAUCUAUUCACUAAAGGAUAUUUGAAAUAAUUUUAUUACUGUUCAAUAUUUGUAAAUUUUAUCUUUUCACUAAAGAAUGUUUCAACAAGAUUUAACUGUGUAAUGUAAGCAAAUGAUAUCUAUGCAAUGAAGAAAAUAUUUUAACUAAUUUUAUAGCUAUUUAAUAUGUGUAAAUUUUAUCUGUUUAACAAAGAAUACCGUAACAAGUUUAACUAUGCAAUGUGUGUACAGUUUAUCUAUACAGUGAAGUACAUUUUAACUAAUCUUUGUGGUAUA